AUGUUUUUGUGUCGAAUCGCCCAGAGGCCCCCUCUCAGAAGGAGGGCCAUCGGGGUCAAAUCUGUCCAUCAGAGCAGGCACUUGUCCCAUUUUCGAGUCCUUGAACAUAUCGUCCCCGCCCAACAUACACGGCAUUGGCCGAGAGGCACCGAAGUGGGUUACGAGAAUGCAUUGAAACUUGCUGUAAAGCAGUACGUCCCAAAUGACAACUCAAAUCCGCAAGCCGACUAUAUCACGUUUAUAGCCACCCAUGCAAAUGGCUUUCCCAAGGAAAUGUACGAACCCAUGUUCGAUGACCUGUAUGAAAAGUUGAGCCUUCUCGGAAGAAAGAUUCGUGCGAUAUGGAUUGCCGACAUUGUUCACCAGGGGCAAAGCGGUGUCCUCAACGAAGAUGCAUUGGGAAAUGAUCCGAACUGGUGGGAUUUUGCAAGGGACCUGCUUUUCCUGAUCAACCAGAAGCAAAAUGAUAUGCCUCAGCCUCUGGUAGGAAUUGGCCACAGUAUGGGUGCGACGCAAUUGACUCAGCUGGCACUUAUCCAUCCCCGACUAUUACAGGCUCUCGUUUUAAUCGACCCUGUCAUCCAGACAGAAAAUCCCAGCAAACCCUUUGCGCAGCCUUCAACUUAUCGACGUGACAUCUGGCCCUCUAGAGAAGAUGCCAUUCAACAUUUCUCCAAUAACAAGUUCUACCAGGCUUGGGAUCCACGAGUCUUGGAACAAUGGGUCAAAUAUGGCUUGAGGGACCUGCCAACAGCGCUCUAUCCAGAAACAGGAAAUGAGAACAGGCCCCCUGUGACGCUAACGACUCCAAAAUCUCAAGAGGUCUUUUCAUACUUACGGCCGAAGUAUUAUGGGUCCUCCGGAAUAUCACCAGAAAAGGAUCGGUCCGUGUAUGGAGACUUACAUCCCGAAGACAUAGAAGACUAUCCAUUCUAUCGCCCCGAACCGGCUGAAACGUUCCGAAGACUUCCAGAGCUGAAACCACCUGUCCUGUAUAUAUUUGGAAAGAAUUCUGAACUCGCAACGUCCGAGCUGAGAAGAAAGAAAAUGGAGAAUACUGGUGUUGGGCUUGGAGGAAGCGGGGGAAAGGAUGAUAACCGGGUCAAAGAGGUGAUUCUCGAUUGCGGUCACUUGGUACCAAUGGAAAUGGUCACGGAGUGUGCGGAAGCCGCAGCUUCAUUUGCAGCCUCUGAGAUAUCACGCUGGGAACAGGAGACCCGAGAGUGGCAGGAGCGCUGGCUGAGUAGGCCCAGGAAGGACAGGGUCGGAAUCGACGAUCAGUGGAGGGAGAUGAUUGGGGCUAAGACACGUCGCGAAGAAAGUAACGAAGAGAAAAGACAGACGGUCUACAAUUGGGAACCCCACAAAGAUGUCUGCUACAAACUCUACAUCGAAGAGCGCAAGUCGCUCGAGGAGAUCAUGCAGCACAUGCGAGACACGGCCAAUUUCACUCCCUCCAAGCGUGCCUUUCAGACUCAAUUCAAGCGCUGGGACUUUCCAUCGAAGCGGAAACCAGCCUUCCGGGAUGAGGAUCUGGUGGAUCGUGUGAAAGAGCUUUGGGAAAACAACUAUAGUCAACGUAAUAUGCUGGCGGUGCUUCAUGAAGAGGGUCACGACAUCAAGGAGCGCGAGUUGAUGAGACUACGUGCAAAGAAUCGUUGGUUGAUGCGGAUCCCGAACGGUGCUAAGCAGGUGCCCACCGAUGAUGAAGAAGCGCAACUCGAGGCCCAGUUGCUCCACGCCGCUCAAAACGAGGGGACCGUCACUGAACCGGCUCCACCAACGGUCUCUGACAAUCCCCCGCCAGAGUUUCUUGAAAAACAAAAGGAAAGACUUAAUCGCCUUCAAGCCAUAAGUGAUGAAAGAUGGGCAAACAAGAAGCGUCGUCGUCGAACCAAGGGAUACGCCGGUCUCCCCGCCGAUCCACCAGGACCACCUCGUUUUCCAUCCGAGACCACGCUUGAGGAGAGCAGGCAGAUCUUGUCCCUGAACACGAAGCAAUACCGCGCGAUACGUGAUCAAUUCCAGGCCAUGUGUGAGGAAGAGCAGAUUCUACAAAAGACCGUCGCAGGUGCGGAAAAGUGGCAAGCCGUCAAAGAUCGUCUUGUUCGUGAGAAUACCCUUCUGCAAGCCGUACUGUGGACAGACACUUCAGAUCUCCAAUCCAAAGAACUCGCUUUGGACGUUAUUUGCACAGAUGUGACCAAGCGGAUUCGUACGAUGGGUCGUCGCCUCACAAUCUUGGAGUCGAAGAAUGUGCUCGGACUGAAUCCCGAGCAAAGUCGCCAGAUUCGCAGCGGUUUCUAUGACAUCCUCAAUUCGGAACAUUACACGAGCAAAUUGGAAAUGGGUCCUGAGAUGUGGCAGACGCUCAAAAAUCGAUGGAUCUCCACAACCCCCCUUCUGCAACAAAUCCUGGCACCGGGCAAUGCGGACCCCGACCACGAAAAGAAACAGGCUGCGCUGGAGCUAUUGUGCCGCGAUGUUAUGAAACGCGUCCGAGAUGAUCGUGCGAAGAAGAAAGGGACUUUCCGGAAGAAAACAUCACAAACUCCGACCCGCGGAGCCGAUACAAGUCCUCCGGCAACUGUCCACAGCGUUUAUGGUCCUUCCCAGCCUGUCAACCCAUUCAGCGAUGUGUCAACCACAAUGCAAAACAACGAUUUGUCGGAUCUUCAAAUUGAUCCGAAUUUGUUGCAAGUGGCGGACAAUCUGGGACCCCCGCCGGCUUCGGUUGUGACACCGGUGUAUGUUCGACCGCAUCCAAAGUCAACCAUGUACAACAAUACCAAGAUGUGGUUGGGAUCACUAUCGGGCCGUACUGUUCAAGAGCUCCAUGCAAUGCUCGCGAUUAAGUAUCCCACCGCAAAAGCAGCCCGAAUCGAUGGAAUCGAGAAAGAUGCCACAGGAAACGAAAUUUCAUACCUAGUCGAAGAGGAUGAAGAACUGGAUGCGUAUCUCGACCACGUUCAGGGACGCAAGGCAACGUUUGUGGUGUUGUUGAAGAAAGCUUGA